AUGGCGAAACGCAAGGCACCUGAAGAACUCUCCACUAAUGUGAAUACUAUCAAAGCUCACCACCGCGUCUCCAACCUUACUGAAUAUGAGAAGGCUGUUCACUUAGCACUCAAGGCUGACCAUGCUGAUCUGAGCUACUACUUAAAGAAGUUAUAUAAGUCUGCAAAGUAUAUCGCUGCCUCUACUGAAGACAAGACAUGUCUACAGAAUGAAUUGAAGGUUGAGCGUAUUCGUGUUCGGACUGAGAAGGGUACCCAUGCAUCUUGCAUUGCGAAUCAGAAAGUCAAGAAUAUUAGCGCCUCUUCUUCUCCACAAGCCCCACCAUCUACUCCGCCCAAACAACUUCUGUCUGAGCUUGCUGCAUUUGAGGCGCGAGAUAUUUUAAAUGACGAGGCUGUUCUACCGGAUGAGCUUUCCGAUGAAGAGAUCACUAGCACCCAGGCUCUCUUAACUCAAGCGCACAUUGAUGCCCAUGAAGAGUCCAAUUUCCGCAAGUGGCAACAUUUCUGGGAUAGCUGUAUCCACUCAUAUACGAGAAAGGCUGGAAAGCUGAGAAAGAAGCCUGAGCGUCUCUUUGAGUAUAUGCCGUGGGUUGAUGUAGAGGAAGGCUUCAAAGAGGCGUUCUUACUUGUCUACUCUAAGAAGUUUGAUAAGGAAAAGUGGGCUAAGGUAUCAGCUGCACAGGAUAUGUUGUUCCUGGAGCUAGAGUAG